AGAAGAAGGAGAAACAAAAGAAGAAGAACUUAGCGUCUCCUUGUCCGGGAGCAGACGAUGCCUCCUUUAGCCGGGGCCGAGCUGGUCCACACACCUGUGCAGCUGUACCGAUACCUCCUGAGAUGCUGCAGGCAGUUACCGUGCACCACCGUGCAGCAGCACUAUCGCCACGCCAUCAGACAGGCGUACAACAGCCACUCGGAUGAGGAGGACCCGGAGCGAGUGCAGAUGAUCAUCCAGAGAGCCCUGGCAGAUGCAGACUGGAUUAUAGAUAAAUACGCCAAGAAGACAUGAGGCCGGCGGGCGUGACUGCUGGGUGGCAGGCCUGUUGUUUUCAUGAUGCAUUGCGUGUUCCAGCUGUGGACACAUGUGGACUCUGUAGAAGCUGGGCUGCUGUCUAGACAGGAGCAUACCUUUAAAACCUGUAUGGACUGGUCCUUUCCAGAUGUGUAAGCUGUCUAUGCCAGAGGCACUAAUUAUU